AUGACCAUUUUUAGCGGCCCCCGUGGCUUGUUUGCGUGCUACUGUCUUGUCGCCGAGUCUUCAGAGUCCCCUAAACGUUGUUAUAUUGGGUUUACGAACAAUCCUUUGCGCAGAAUCCGGCAGCACAAUAGAAAGAUUGCCGGAGGUGCUCGGAAGACGUCUCGCUAUGGCCCAUGGCGAAUGGUCCUAUUUGUUGGAGGAUUUUCUACCAAAGUAUCGGCCCUAAAGUUUGAGUAUAUCUGGACGUACCCUACUCGUAGCAGGUAUGUGAACUGUAUCUCUGCUACCUCACAGAAGUUACGCUUAGCAUGCCCCCGAAGCAUUUCAACGGCACUCGACGUCCUGGUCACGCUUUUAAUCCAUCCUCCCUUUUCUCUUCAGCCUCUCUACGUCGUACUUCUGGACGCUGAGGGUAAUAGAGUUAAGUCCCAACUAGAACAGCACUCUGUCCCCGUAUUUGUUAGCACUAUGGAGGCUUUGCAAAUAGAGCCGGGGGUGCGAGCACCGAGCGACAUUAUAUAUGCCCAAUGUACUUCAUCGAACGGGACAACCGACACAACGUUCACCGAUGUCUGUCCUAUAUGCCAAGACGGAGUAUCUCCAUCCAACGUCCAAUGCAUGCAGUGCAGUGCGCGUUUUUGUAUCACCUGUGCUGGAAAGCUCUUCACAAGGCGAAAUACUUUGAUACCUUGUUUCGGAAAGUGUCCAAUAUGUAAGAGAGAGUUUCAGUGGAAGGAAAUGCUCAGAAAGCGGGCGGAAGAGCUUGUUGCCGGACGUAAAUCAGUACCUCAUAAGACCCAAGCUGUUGAUGGACAAUCAAGCCUAUCUCAGAACUCCUCCUAUGAUGAUUAUGACACCAUCAGCUUACUAUCUUCAUCAUCUGAGCCAGAAAAGGAUGAUAUUUCGAGAGACGAAAGCGGAACCGUUGCCAGCGUUCAGCCCGUAUCCUCUGUGGCUCUAAGUGACUCUAGCAGAUCACCAGCCACAACGUCCCCCACUAAGCCUCUUGCCAUAGACCCUCUUCUCUCCUCACCUCGUCCCUGUGCCCUUCCAUCUGAUGUCAUAAGUAUCACAGAUUGA